AUGAGUGAGGUCCUCAGUGAACUAACAACAAAGUUUAAAAUACUGGUAUCACGACUUCGUGCAAAAGCUGCUAUUAUGCAAAAGAAGGAAGCAGCUAGAAGUACAUUGGAAAAACCAGUCAAGGGAAUCGCCCGCCACCUUAGAGAUUAUGGCGACGCUAAAACCGUCAAGAUAAUGGCUCUCGACAACGAAGUGACGGCUGAUGUUGGGUAUUGCCACGCUAAGGGCAAAGCCAAUGCCUCGGACAAGACAUAUCGUGCGUUUCUAAUGGACUUCGAAGCUGGUUAUAAUAUCACAUUGGACAGCGAGGACAAGGAAGAAACUAACGAUAAUAACAAGGAUGAAGCAACAGCAUACUUUAUGGUUGGACAACUGCAAGAUUAA